AUGUGGGGUGCUGUGCAGAAGUUUGCGAAUAAACCGGUCGAACAAUGCGUCAAUCAUAAGGACCCGAGACAACGAUCGUAUGGUGGUGUCUUGUCUGUUACACUUGAUCAUGAUCUGCGCAAUGCAGAUCUAAACCCUGCUACUGACAUCGUGAUUUUGUGCAUGUUUACAGAAAAAACUACGUGUGAUAUCCUGGAUAAGCGUGAACUUAGCCGACAUAGGACUGAUGACUUUGACACUGCCUCUGAGUUGGGCUACAAGAGAGAUAGUAUUGGCAGACGCCUGGAAGUACCGCGCCCCGAUCCACCAAAGCCAAAACACCCUGGUUCUCGUGUCCUCACAGAAGAUGCUGUAUCCUUUGCGUGGAGAUUCUGUCCACCUGUCAUCUUUUUUCUCUUCCGUUACCAACGUCACAAAAAACUGGUAAACGACUACUUGCAGUACUAUGGGGGAUCUCGCAAGGACUUUCAACGUGACACAUCCAAGGACAAACGUGAUGUUGACGUCAUUCGUGAACACAAUCGUUUCUUGUGGACGGAAGCAGACGUUCCUCGCACAUGGUACGUGUCACAGUUCUUCCAUGUCAAUUGA